UACACAAAUAUACGUUGUUUCUAUUACUGCGAACCGGAAGGGUGGGACGUGAAUAGAAGUUCUGCAAACUUUGCGUCACUUUCGAAUCAUUUUUUUGCACUGCAAGAAAACCAGGAAGCAGAAGGACUUGGAAAAUAAUAAAAUACAAUUCUUAGGUUUCAUGUUCUAAUCGGAUCAUUAUAAAUGAGGUGUAGGACAAGGCGUUUAAAUGUACCCGAGACUGUGUAAGGAGUAGCCUAUUUGAACCUGAACUGAGGUGUUGUCGGUGCGAUAUUUAUUUAAAUUCUGAGAGUAGUUGGGGUUGGAACACUGAGGAAACUGAAGGACAAGUAAGUAUAGCUGUUUAUACGGGAGUCUAGGUAAGUUAUAUUGAAUCGUGACGUGUUUAACAGACAGUUAAACCAGAUAAGGUUUAAUUUGGGUAGCUGAUGUAUUUUGAAGCGGUUUCACCCAGCAAUUGUACUGUAGAUAAGUACACAAAUAAUUCCUCAUUGUUUAGUUUACUUGCUUUUUCCCCCUUUUUUAAGAUUCCUUCGUGACUUUAUUUUUAGUAUUUAAACACUGACAUUUAAUGGGCUGAUGAUAUUUUUGUUAAAUUGUAUGCCUUUUUAGUGUUGAAUAAUGUAUUUCAUUCAUAUUCUAAAUUCUUUUAUUUUUUUUUUUUAAUUUCUAAACAGCUUUCAUGUUAACACAGUAGUAUUUAGUGAACAGGGUAUAGGGUGCUGUACUCCUGCCACACAGUGCAUCCCCUGUUACUGUCCCAGAGUUCAGGUAGUGCAUUAUUGAAUCAAUCAAUAAAAUACACUCAUUAGUUAAUUAUAGUUGCUUUAAUGUAGUGUUCAUAGCCAUGACUUUAUGUUACUCUGUUUUAUUUUUUUUUUUAUUAUUUAUUUUUUUUGUUUCUAUUAUAAAUCAGUGAAAGAUGACUUUAGGUCUGUGUACUAUUCUCUUUUUGGUGGAAAGUGUGACCCAAGUAAACAGCUCCUCAGCAAAAAAUAAAAUCACAUGUCUUUCACAAAACAAAAAAAUAGUAAGUUCUCUUUUUUAUAGUAAUGACAAGGGCAUAUUUAUGUAGGUUAGUAUGUUAAAUACAAUUAUCUAAAUAAAGUCAAUGUACUUUUUCCAUGGUAACCUUUAAACCUGCAGUAGCUGUUGGUACUUUUUAAAUAUGUAGGCUACAUAAUCAAUUGCACUAGACACACAAAGAAAUGUCAACAGCUAACAUAUAGGGCCCCAUUCAAGUAAUGGGAUCCUCAAACAUCAUGCUAACUCAGUUACACCUAGAACACUGAAAAGUAUCAUUUAAAAAUGUGUGUGAUGGCUAUUUUAAGUCUUACGUUGUAUUAUUUAUGGUAAGACAUACAGUAUAUUCUAAAAUCUAUGUAGGAAACUGAGGAGAGUCAAGUGGUAAAACAGUAAAAUGAUAAAACAGUAAACCGUUUCCUAUUCACUUUAUUUGAUAAUCUGUAUGUCAUCAGUUUCUGGCACUGUGCUUUACCUUUACAAUGUGUACAGUGCAUGUGCCUUGUGAUUAUCUUCAUCAUCAUCACCAUUGCUCAAUAAAUGCUCACCAAAAAUGCAUUGUAGUGCCUUGACUGUCAUCAAGAAUAGCUUUCAAAAAUGUUAAAAUGUGUAAUUAUAGCUUGUGGUUUUACAAUGAAUUAAAUCAAUAUAAUCUAACACUGACAUACUGUACAUAAGAGGAUACUGUGAUGUACAUGGGCAGCCAUUACACAUUUCUUAACAUUCAAGGACGUGGAUACGUUAAAACACUUAUAACUGGACAAUUAUUACCUAAUAUUGGUUUCAUUUUUUUCAUUAUUGACCUCCCAAGAUUUUGAAAGCUGAAUGUGUGAUAGAAUUUGUGGGGAUACUAAGCUAAAGGCACUAGAUCACUCUUAUUUAUUGUAAUGUUUAGACAGCUUGGGCCCCUGAGCCCUUUUAUUCUUUAUGGUUAGAACCCUGUUGUGUUGGGAAUAUACCUGUACACCUCUCGACUGUCCAUUAUCAGUAAGCCUUUUUUUUCUCACCAUAGAAAACAUCAUUCAGUUGCGAAGCAGUUUUCUAUUGUAGAGAGCUGGCAAUGAGGGAGAAUACUACUUUACAUAUAUAGGAGGCAGCUGGAGGAUCUGUGAUGAUCCCCAUGUAUGUAGGAGGAUUGGAAAGUAUGUUUUGAGGAAUACAUUUAUUCAGCCUUGUCCGAAACAGAAAUAUGCUUACCAUAUUAUCUUCUCUCUGUGUUUCAGAAGCAUAACAAACUCACCCGUAAGGUGCCGUUUUGCAAAGAGGAUGGAAUAUCCCACUCAUUUUAACUGAUACAAUACUAUCAUGUUUAAAGUUUUCAUUGUUCAAACACUAUCAGGGAGGGAAAUAGCAGUUUCACUCAUCCCAGUUUCAAUAUGAGCUUGAUUAACCAUAGUGUAUAGGUAAUAAGCCCAUAAGUUCAUACUCACCAUAGGCCAUAGUAAAAGAUAAAAAGGGAUGUUUCAUGUAGUUUCAGCCAGACUAAUAACAAAGCAAGGAUCAAGCCAGAUAUAAUACAAGCACAUCAAAUGUAUGUGAAAUCAUCCCUUAUCCUUCCUUAAUUCUUGAUUUAAGCUUGAAGUUGUGUUCUUGUAUGUCUGUCUUAAUCUUGCAUUUGUAUUGGUCUUGGUGCUCGAAGAAAUUGUAAUGAUUCAAGCCCUGUUAAAUAUUGUUGCUUGUUUGAAGAUUCUUUUGUCUCAAUACUCUGCUGUAGUUUUGCAUAUGAGGGCAGAUGUUUGUCCACUAAAACCUAUUUGAUUUUCUUAUAAGCAGAAGUGUUUGUGGGUUUAUAUUAGAAUUAGAUGAUGUGAAUGGAGGGAAAUAAAAAAAUAUAUAUUUUGAAAAAUAAUCUAUUGUGUGGAAGACACUAUUUUUUUUUUUUUUUAACCUGUGUCCAAGGUGCGUUCAGUCAGAGUAUAUCACCACCGUUGACUUGUUUUAGUCUUGUUUGAAGGGGAUUAGAAAAAAAGACUUUUACUAAUGCAAUGAAAACUCGCAGAUAAUGAUUUUGCUACAAAGUUCUUAAGUUGAUAUGAUGUCAGAUAGAAGCUAAAGCUUUUCUUUAAAUGCUCCUCAGGCUAUAGUGUUUCAGUUCCAUUUUUGCCAAGUCCCUCCCCCACUUAAAGCUUUUUGUCAAACUGUUUAAAAUCAUCAGACCAUCCUACUGCACUUAGCCAUCUUCUUAAAAAGGGGAAGUGUUGAAAUCACUUUUUAUAUGCAAGACACUCAAUUUAGUUUUCAGGUUAGGUUUUGAUAGAAUUGAAUACGAAUUCACAAAAAUGUAUAAUGUAAACAGCAUCGCUGUUUUGACGGUUGUCAAUUUAAUUAUGGUAAAAAUACAGAAACCAUUUUUCCCCGUUAUGUAUGUAGUGGAAUUCUACCAAUCUUUCUAGAGGCUUGGGUUGUAUCUGUUUUAAAUUAAAGGCUUGAUUUCUAAUGCUUUGGUGUGUUCAGAGGUGGUUCUGCUAUGUCUGGAACUUGGGAUUGUGGCAUAAAUAAUAUAAACGGGUUAAAUAUUCAAUUUUACCUGUAAAGCAAUUAUGAAUUUCAAGCCUACUCUUCAUGUCCUUUACAUAAUGUCAAAAUCUCUGAAAUGAUAUUGUCACACUCAGGAGAAUGUUCUAAUCUAUGGGAAUGAAGGAAUUUAAAACUUGUACAUCAGCUUUUUCACAAGUAAUAAUUACACAAAGAUGAACUUGCAGAUCACAAACAGAUUUUUUUGUAAAAACAAAAUGAGUUAAAAAUAUAUAUAUAUAUAUAUUUUAUAGGUUUAAGAUUGGUAUAAAUAAACAAUAUUAAGGACCCUACACACUAGAUGUGUUGUGACAAAAUAAAUAGAAACUAUACUUUUGAUAAAUAUCUUUCAUAUGACAGGCGACGCAGGGGAGACACCAGGGUGACAUUGGAGCGACGCAAAAUAAAUAGGAUUGAAUCCUAUUAUUUAUGGUUUCUUCAUAUACAGAGAUGAAAGAUCACUAUGUAACACAAUUUUUCCAUCUGUGAGAUUUUUUUAUUAAUGAAUUUAUGUGGAUAUUGGCAUUUCUGCCUAUUUUCUUGAAUUUUUGUAUGUAGCCAAAAGCACAUACUUUACAGUAAGGGCAGAUUGUUACUUGAUUGUAAUUGCAAAACAACCAUUAGAUUGCCUUACUGUACACACAUUGCAGGUGAUUUUAACUAAGGACAACGUCACAUGGAAGUGUCUGUCCUACAAAGAUGGGGAUGCUUUGUUUUUGUUCACAAAAACAUAGACAAUACUAGUUUUUAUGAUGUACUGUUUAUAUCACUCAAUAUGAUAUGCACUCACUCUUUACAUUUUUUGCUUAUUAUCAGUGCUUGGUAUGUUAAUUUCAGCAGGUUAGCUGUGUUGCUGAUAGCUUAUUAAGGUGGGUUAGUGAACAGGUUUCAACAGACUUCAGUCAAUAGAAUUUUCCAACAAUUAGUCAGCAGUAACUAGUUGUUUUGGUUCAUUGCCUAAACAUUGUGAGCUAUUACUUUAAUCAGAGAUUAAAAUUUAAAUUGAUUAUAUCAUACAAUAUCAUACUGCAUCCCUCACACCCACCUUUCAAGCCACACAAAGACAAGUAUUGUAAGAGAAAGGUGUUUGUCUUGAAAUACAGUGUGAUGCAGCUUCAGCACAAAUAGUUGGGAAAAGCAAAACUCAUACUGAAGACUAUUAAGUAUUUGUGGCCCACUUGGCACCUUAAGGACAGACUUGUCAUUCUGUUACAAGACUAUGGUAAUGGCUCAUAUUCGGUUCUUGUGAACACAUUGUCAUCACACUGCAAAAAGCUACUUGCUGAAAAGCAGACAUAUGAAUUUGGAAAGGCGUUCUACCAGGUGGGAAACCCAAAUACAAAAAAAAGAUAUCAGCCUCCAGGAGCUGCUGUUGGCAGGAAAUACUGAGCAGACUAGCCAGACAGCUUUUCUGUGUGUUCUGACAUGCACUGUACCAGGGAAAAACACAACCUAGUACUCUGAAUAUGGGUAUGAAAAAAUACAUCAAGUCACCACGAGCUAUGUCGACAUAGCUUAGUCAAAACCAGAAAAGCAAUUCUUGCCCAAGGAUUUACUGUAGUUGCUUAGACAAUCGGGUGUCAGUACCAUACAAAUAGCUUCAAAUCACAGUCGUUAAAAAAAUUAAAUAACCAAGACCAAGAUCAAAUAUAGGCAACAAAUCCCUUUAUGGAAUCCAUUUGAUAAGCAAGGUUCUUUAACCUGAAGGUUUCAUUAUACUGGUUCUUAUCACAAUUUCAAGCACAUUUUCAAAGUUUAUUUUUUAUUUUUAUUAAAACUGUUAAUUACUACAAAACGUUAAUUAUUUGAUCAAAACAGUCUUUAAAACAACUCAUAAAUUAGAUCAUAUAUUUCUUGUUAAAACUACUGUAUGCUACUGGACUAUUUUAAGAGUCAAAUGACCAAAGGCUUUCUUGGAAUACCUAUGGUUAGACAGUUUGAAUAAACCUGCUUACUACUCGUGUUCUUUCUUAGGCAUCUUCAUAAAUAUUUGAACAAUAUCCUCCAAUAACAACAAUGCUGCGCUGCUGCUGAACCGCAUACAAACUAUAUGACUUGAUAUUGAGAAUAAGUUGAAGUAUGUAAUUUUGUUUACAGUAUUUUGUUCUUUAAACCAAUUCUUUCUUCACUUAAUUUUGGUGAGCCAUUAAGAAAUACUGAUAAGAAACAGGGUUUAUGUACAGAUGUUUGGGAAAUUGCUACAUUUUGUGGUUGAGGCCUGAGGAAAUAAAUAAGUUUGCUAAAAAAUUAAGCAAAUGGCCACUUCCUUUUUUUCUCACACUGGUCUACAAGGCAUCUCAAUAAACAUGGGCCUUUAAUAAGAAUGUUAAUUUAUUGUACAGUAUUUGCAAGAGAUACAUUUUAGGCUAGUUGAAUGUUUUGGCUUUGAAGCACGGAAGCCCUAUAAACUAUAUAAAAGGAUGGGUUCUCUUUCUUUAAGCCUUUUUAGGUUAGUGGUGGGGGCACUUUCAUAACAUGAGUCUCCAGCCACGACGGAUCCGCCUGAAACCCUGGCUGAUUUCCCAGGUGAACAGCGGGAAGUACCCUGGGCUGCAAUGGUUAGACCAUGAGCAAAAACACUUCCAGAUACCCUGGCGACAUGCUACCCGCUACACCCCCAUGCAAGAGGACGAGAACACAGUCUUCAGGGCCUGGGCUUUGGAGACUGGGAAAUACCAGGAAGGCGUGGAUGAGCCCGAUCCAGCCAAGUGGAAAGCGAACCUGCGCUGUGCCCUCAACAAGAGUCGCGAGUUUAAACUGAAGUACGAUGGGACAAAGGAAACCCCUGUUGAGCCAUUUAAAAUAUACGAGGUGUGCGACCAGCAAUGCAAUGGAGAUGCAGCUGAAGAUGAGGAAGAAGAGCUCCCAAACCUAGGUGGCCUCUCUAUUGCCCCCACCAGUUUCCCAUCUUAUCCACCAUUCAAGCAGGAACUGCAGUUCAACCCCUGUAUGAAUGGAACUUUUGUUCCUCGCAGUCUUCCCUCAAUGGAGCCAAUGCCUUGCAACAUCACCACCAACCCCAAUGGCAAUCUCGGUAUAAGAGAUGGUUCUUACCAAAGUGUGCCUGUGACUGCUAGUAACUUCCCUUUGCCAGAACAUACAGUGGGAAACCUUGGACAUGGAGGCUUUGCACAUGCCAAUACCCCGGCAGGUCAUGUAGAUAUGGCACAUGGAACCAUUCCUGCAGAAACACUUCCUCAAGUAGAAGUACCUCCACAGCUGUGUAUUAACGAUCUGCUCAUCAGUCCACAUAUGCUACCAUUGACAGAUUUAGAACUAAAAUUCCAGUAUCGUGGGAAGCAAGCUGGGACCUUGACUGUCAGUAACCCCCAGGGCUGUCGUCUGUACUACGGUAACUUGGAGCCCAUGCCAGACCAGGUGGAAUUGUUUGGGCCUGUGACGUUGCAGCAGGUGCUGUUCCCUAACACAAUGGAGAUUCCCAACGAGAAGCAACGUUACUACACCAACCAACUACUGGACGUCAUGGACAGAGGCCUCAUUCUGGAGAUCCACGGACAGGAUAUCUAUGCCAUACGCCUUUGCCAGUGUAAGGUAUACUGGUCUGGACCAGGAGUCUUGGAGGAAGCUGGGCCCAAUCCUAUCGAAAGGGAAAAGAAAAUCAAAAUAUUCAGCUUGAAUGACUUCCUUCAUGGACUGAUCCUGUAUCAGAAAGGAGAAACUAACGCCCCACCUCCCUUUGAAAUAUACUUCUGUUUUGGGGAGGAUUGGCCGGACAGGAAACCAAAAGAGAAAAAGCUUAUUAUUGUCCAGGUUGUCCCUGUGGUUGCUCGCAUUCUGACCGAGAUGUUUUCUGGUGAACUGUCAUGGUCGACCGACAGCAUCCGCCUGCAGAUCUCCAAUCCAGACCUGAAAGACCAGACGGUGGAGCAGUUCAAAGAGCUUCACCGGAUCUGGCAGAACCAACAGACUCAAGGGCAGUGGGGCGUGCAGCAACCUGACCUCCACUAAAGAACAGAAUACACUUGACAACAAAUAGCUCUUGCAAACGGAUAUAUGCUGAUGAUCGAUAUGUAGUAGAGAAGGAUAAAAACAAUUGAACAUAAACCAUACUGAUCCAAAAGACUUAACAGAAAGAAGAAAAAAAAACAGUAUGUACUGAACAUGUUGGCAGAUCAGCAUGGUUUGCCAUUUGUAAUAAUUUUAAAGUACGACCCUCUUUUGGCACCAGUUGUUUUGCCACUUCAUUUUCUCUUUUAGAUGGUGUGAGUGUUCAAAUCAAAGAACUUGAAAAUUGUGGACAGUCCGCACACAGCCCAAAGCUGAUCUCUUGAUUUAAAAAAAAAAAAAGGUACGAGUAACCUUGAGGACAGCAAAUGUAUGAAGUUAUGAACUUUAUUUUUUAAUAAUGUUACUUGCCUCCAGCAAGUGAAGUGUAAAGGAGUGAUGAUAAUGAACCAUCUGCUAGUAUUUUUAGUGCCCGAUAUAAUGUUCAAAGCCUCUGUCUCAGGUCUGAAUUUUUUUGUCAGCUGCUGCAAUGAAUAAGUUUAUUUUA